CACCAAAGGGAAUUCUUCAUCUGUCUCCUGAUGUUUAUCAAGAAAUGGAAGCCAGCUGCAACAAAGCAUCCCCCAGUACCUCCAUAAACCAUUUGACAUCCAAGGAAAUGAACCGGACAUCUAGUUGUUUCUUCAAUAUAUCCCCUGCCACUAAUAAUACAGCUACAGUUGCCAGGGAACUCCUUAUGAAUGGAACAUCCCCAAGUGGUGAAGCUAUAGGUCAACAACGAGUGUCAUUCACAUCCCAUUGUUGUACAGUGCAGCCUUCAAAGCAACUGGAAUAUCUGGCUAAGAUUCAAGGCUUUCAGAUACAUUACAGUGAUAGACAGAAUGGCAAAGAAUGCAUUACCUACUUGACUCUGUCUCCUGUACAGAUGACUUUUUAUGGAACUGGAAACUCCACUGAAGCUAGCCAUGAUCAGGCAGCUUUAAGUGCCUUGAAACAGUUUUCAGAGCAUGGACUUGAUCCGCUGGAAGGAACUAUGAAAGAUGGAAACAGUGCAUUUGAAAAAAAAGUCAAGCAUCUGGGAGAAAACACAGACAAUAAGCAGACAAACUCAGGCAUGAUUGCUCAGGGCUGCAAGGAUUCAAAGGCCAUCAUCUAGGAACUUCCCAGCACCCGUGACAGCCACUGCAUCCUUAUAAACCUGUCAUCAGGCAAUCUGAAGUAUAUGUAGAAAGGAAUGAAAUCAAUUACUAAUGCCAUUAUUUGAGUCUUAUGUGAAGACAACACUAUUCUAACAUGAGAUAUAAUAUUCAUGGUACUGUUUAUGAGCAAGAGGAAAAGAAAGAAGAUACUGACAUUUUUUCCUAUCCAUACUGAAAAAAAAUAAAAAUUAAUUAUUCAGACUGUUCCAGAGGUAGUGAAAAUCAAAUUUAAUAAGUGGAGUUUUAAACAGCAGGUAAUUAACUAGACUUGAUCCUGAAGGCUGGAGGAAGUUAAGUUUAUACUUGAAUAAUACUCCAGAGAAAAUUAGAAGCCAACAUUGAAUUAAGUUUACUUUUCUGUAAUGUAGAACAAAUUCAGCUUUUUUGGUUUAAAAAAAAGUUAAUAUUUUCAAAUUAACCAAGGGUAGUGCUGUGAUUAUUGUAGCUGUUUUCAUAUAGCUUCUGUUUUUAUGCCAGCAUUUAUGCAUUCUUCCUACUCUUACAUUAUGGUUGUAAAAUGCACUUUUCCAAGUUGUUGCAAACUGAAAUUUAGAUCAUGAAUAUUUGCUUAGAUAUUAUUGACUAGUCCUAACAUAUUUCAGGAGAAAACUGUGAUGCUUUUUUAUUUCCUUUUCUGUUUAUUGACUGAUGAAAUACUUUCUCUCCUUAAUUCUGCUCUCCAUUGUGUGAAAUACAUUUAUACUUUGUUCUGUGUUUUGUGUUGCCCCCCCCCCGCCCUUUGCAUCAAUUGAGUGUUUUUAAUCACUGCAUUCUGAUCAAGAGUGGAAGUGGAUGGAAAUACAAUCCAUGAAGUUGUUUAAAACAUUCUGGAAUGGAGCUAUACAGUAUUAAAUGCCAGCAUUGGUAGAAGGGGAAUGUGUCCUUAUAUUCUGUACCAGCAUAUAUGAAUUAAGUAUACAGCCAAUGCAGUAAAACCAUCUC